AUGGUUACUCGCACACGGCUUAUCCGAGCGCUGCAGCGGCAGAGUCGUCCGCGUGCUGCGUUCGGUGCCUCACUACCGAGAGCUGCCGUCCUUCCAGCCGCAACUCGCUGCUUCGCGACGUCGCAUCCCAGGUUGAUUGCGCCUACGCCCGUCUACAAUAUCGCCAAAUUGACGUCAGAAACGUACCCCGAGAUCAAGCGCGACGCAAAAUUCACCCAAUUGACCGAGGAGCAUGUCGCAUACUUUCGCGAGCUGCUGGGCGGCGAGUCGGCAAUCAUCGACGGCGUGAGCAAGGAUGCCCAGGACGAUAUACUCAUGUUCAAUGAGGACUGGAUGCACAAAUAUCGCGGACAGGCGCGACUUGUCGUCAAGCCCAAGUCGACCGAAGAAGUCAGCAAAAUUCUCAAAUACUGCAACGACAACUUGCUGGCCGUCGUGCCGCAAGGCGGAAACACAGGGCUCGUCGGCGGCUCCGUACCUGUUUUUGACGAAGUUGUGAUUAGCAUGGCGCGUAUGAACGAGAUUGAAUCGUUUGACCAAGUAAGUGGCUCUUUGGUUCUUGGAGCCGGCUGCGUCCUCGAAGUGGCCGACCAGUAUCUCGCAGAGCGUGGCUACAUCUUCCCUCUGGAUCUCGGCGCCAAGGGCUCUUGCCAUGUCGGUGGCAACGUCGCCACAAACGCUGGCGGUUUGCGUCUGCUCCGCUAUGGUAGCUUGCACGGUAGCGUCCUCGGUAUGGAGGCUGUGCUGCCUGAUGGAACCAUCAUGGACGACCUGUGCACUUUGCGCAAGAACAACACGGGCUACGACUUGAAGCAGCUCUUUAUCGGUGCCGAGGGUACGAUUGGCAUUAUUACGAAGCUGUGCAUUCAGUGCCCCCAGCGAUCGCCCGCCGUCAACGUGGCCUUUUUGGGCAUCGAGUCCUACGAGAAGGCGCAACAGGCCUUUCGCGAGGCGAAAGGCCAGCUCUCGGAGAUUCUUUCGGCAUUCGAGCUGAUGGAUGGACUGAGUCAAGAGCUUGUGCAUCGAGCCAAGGGGGAGACAAUGCCGCUAGAAGGUAGCUUCCCAUUUUACUGCCUCAUUGAGACCAGCGGAUCCAAUAGCGAGCACGACUAUGAGAAGCUCGAGAAGUUUCUCGAAGACGUCAUGGGUAAGGAGGUAGUAGCGGACGGCGUGGUGGCUCAGGACGCGACUCAGAUCAAGUCACUGUGGGCGUGGCGAGAGAGUGUCCCCGAAGUCAGCGCUCACUGGGGCGGCGUCUACAAAUACGAUGUGUCCAUUCCGCUUGCCGACAUGUACAGCAUCGUGCCCGACGUAAAUGAGCGCCUGGCAGAGGCCGGACUGCUAGGCGACUCUGACGAGUAUCCUGUUCUCGGCUGCGUCGGGUACGGUCACAUGGGCGAUUCCAACUUGCAUCUCAACGUCGUGGUCCGACGGUAUGAUAAGGCUGUGGAAAGAGUUUUGGAGCCGUAUGUAUACGAGUGGAUCGAAAAGCGCAAAGGAAGCAUCAGUGCGGAGCACGGUCUGGGAUUGGCCAAGAAGAAUUAUAUUCAGUACUCGCGAAACGAGACAAUGAUUGGCUUGAUGAAGCAAAUUAAGCAAUUAUACGACCCGAACGGCAUCAUGAACCCGUACAAGUACCUGUGA